ACAAGGUGAAGAAAGGCACCAGAGCAGUUCCCAGAAGCCUAUGAUGGACAUCAAUCUGGACCUACCAGCCAUCGACCACCAGAGAGCCCUCCACAUAUGGAUCAUUGAGAACCUGAAGAUGCUGCCGGUGCCUGAAAGGGCUCAUGGGAACUUCUUUGAGGAACACUGCUACGUCAUCCUCCGUGUUCCCCCAAACAUAAAGGACACCCAGGGAGGGUCCAGCAACCUGCACUACUGGAUUGGGAAGGAUGCCAGCAUGGAGGCUCAGGGAGCUGCAGUCGCCUUUCUGCAGCUCCUGCAAGAGGUGCUAGGUGACCAGAUUGUGCAGCACCGGGAGUCACAGGGUCAAGAAUCUGACUGUUUCCACAGCUACUUCCACCCUGGAGUCAUAUACAGGAAGGGAGGUCAAGCCUCUGAUCCUAGGCAUAAGGAGACCAAUAUGUAUGGUGUCCAGCGAUUGCUACACAUCAGGGGAAGGAAGCACGUGUCUGCCACUGAGGUGGCAUUAUCCUGGAAAAGCUUUAAUAAGGGUGGCAUUUUCCUGUUGGACCUGGGCAAGAUGAUGAUCCAGUGGAAUGGGCCCCAAACCAGCAUUUCUGAGAAAUCACGGGCCCUGGCCCUGACUUGCAGUCUCCGGGAUAGGGAGCGUGGUGGCCGUGCCCAGAUUGGUGUGGUGGAUGAUGAGCGUGAAGCCACCGACCUCAUGCACAUCAUGGAGGCUGUGCUGGGCUGCAGAGUGGGCAGCCUGCGUGCUGCCAUACCCAACAACAGUAUUAACCAACUGCAGAAGGCCCAUGUCCGUCUCUACCAUGUCUAUGAGAAGGCAAAAGACUUGGUGGUCCAGGAACUGGCAACCUGCCCACUGACCCAGGACCUCCUGCAGAAGGAGGACUGCUACCUUCUGGACCAGGGCGGCUUCAAGAUCUACUUGUGGCAGGGAUGCAAAUCCGGCCCCCAGGAGAAGAAGGCAGCCUUCAGCAGAGCUGUGGGCUUCAUCCACGCCAAGGGCUACCCGUCCGGCACCAAUGUGGAGGUGGUGAACGAGGGGGCGGAAUCGGCCGCCUUCCAGCAGCUUUUCCGGACGUGGUCUAAGAAGUCAGACUCCAGAAAACCUGGCGGGAAGGGUAAAUUGAUGCAGGUAAAACUGGAUGUGAGCAAGCUCCACAGCCAGCCUGAGCUAGCAGCCCAGCUCAGGAUGGUGGACGGCGGCGCCUCCGGGAAGGUGGAGGUAUGGUACAUCCAGGACUUACACAGGAAGCCUGUGGACCCCAAGCAUUAUGGACAAUUGUGCUCAGGCAACUGCUAUCUUGUCCUCUACACAUACCAGAAACUGGGCUGUACCCAGUACAUCCUAUACCUAUGGCAGGGCCACCAGGCCACCAUGGAAGACACCAAGGCUCUGAACUGCAAUGCUGAGGAAGUGGACCUCAUGUACCAGGGAGUGCUGGUGCAAGAACACGUGACCAUGGGCAGAGAACCCCCCCACUUCCUGGCCAUCUUCCAGGGACAGCUGGUGGUCUUCCAGGGGAUUGCAGGUGGCAAAGGGGGGAAGCCACAAACAUCUGGCACAAGUCUAUUCCAUGUACAAGGCACCGACAACCACAACACCAGGACCAUGGAGGUGUCAGCCCGUGCCUCUUCCCUCAACUCCAGUGCUAUCUUCUUUCUGGUUACAUCUGGUGCCUGCUACCUCUGGUUUGGGAAGGGCUGUAACGGGGACCAGCGUGAGAUGGCGAGGAUGGUGGUCACUGUCUUCUCAGGGAAUAACAAGGAAACAGUACUGGAGGGUCAGGAGCCUCCCCACUUCUGGGAGGCCCUCGGAGGCCGGGCCCCCUAUCCCAACAAGAGGCUUUCUGAAGAGGUCUCUAGCAUCCAGCCCCGCCUGUUCGAGUGUUCCAGCCACAUGGGCUGCCUGGUUCUCACGGAAAUAGUGUUCUUUGGCCAAGAGGACCUGGACAAGUAUGACAUCAUGUUACUAGAUACCUGGCAGGAGAUUUUCCUGUGGCUUGGGGAAGCUGCAGGAGAGCAGAAGAAGGAGGCAGUGGCCUGGGGCCACGAGUACCUGAAGACCCAUCCAGCAGAGAGGAGUCUAGCCACACCCAUUGUGCUGGUCAAGCAGGGCCAUGAACCUGCCACCUUCACCGGGUGGUUUGACACUUGGGACCCCUACAAGUGGACGAACAACCAGUCCUGUGAGGAAGUAGUAGAGUGUAGCCUGGGACCAGGAUCUGCCAUCACUGAGAUAACAACAGAAGUCAGUAACUUCCAGCUAACCCAGUGGCCCAAAGAUAGCAGAGCAGGUCUAACCCUGCGAGCCCUCAAGGGUUCACAGGACAGCUCAGAGAAUGGGCUGGAGCUGGGACUCCAGAAUGAGGGCAGGAGCCCCAGCGUCAGCACCAGCAGCAAUUGCAGCUGCGCCAGCUUAGCAGCCAAUGGAAGCCUGCCUCCGGAACAGCUGAUGCACCAGGCUGUGGAGGAUCUGCCACCAGGGGUGGACCCUGCCCGCAAGGAGUUCUAUCUCUCAGAUUCUGACUUCCAAGACAUCUUUGGAAAAUCUAAGGAGGAGUUCUACAGCAUGGCCAAGUGGAAGCAACAGCAGGAGAAAAAGAAGCUGGGCUUUUUCUGAAGUGGGAAGUCCUUGCUUACCACACCCCCAGCCUCCUCCUGGGACCCCUCUCCCUUCUCAAUAAAAGCCAGUGGUUGGCAUCACAGUGAUA